GCGCAUCAGAGUGAUGGAAUGACAGGAAGCAGCUUGAUUUUACCUGUGCCCUCUGUGUCAUCUUGUGCAAGAGAUUCUCUAUUACAUUACAACUUAUUGGCCAGUGAUGACUCUUCCGAUAGCUUCAAGUCUGGGGGUGGUCCCAUGCUUCCAAGCACCUUGCUGCCAGUCCUUGGGACCAGUAUGGCUGUGGAGUAUGAACAGCAGGAUCUGCUUGCAAGAGGGCAGAAGUGGGAGAUGCCAAAUACAGAGAUUGCAGAGCAGGCCAAACAUGAAGCAAAGAUAGAGAACCGAAUAGCAGAGCUGAGGAAAGAUGGCCUUUGGUCGCUGAAGAGACUUUCUAAGGUUCCAGAACCAGUACGUCCUAAAAUUCAUUGGGAUUACCUUUGUGAGGAGAUGCAGUGGCUUGCUGCUGACUUUGCACAGGAGCGACGUUGGAAGAGAGGUGUGGCAAGGAAGGUUGUUCGGAUGGUUCUUCGUCACCAUGAAGAGCAGCGGCAGAAAGGUGAAAGAGCCAAGAGAGAGGAACAAGCCAAACUGAAGCGCAUGGCAGCCUCGAUUGCCAAGGAAGUGCGACAGUUCUGGAGCAACGUUGAAAAGGUGGUUCAGUUCAAACAGCAGUCUCGUCUGGAAGAGAAGCGUAAGAAGGCCUUGGACCUACAGCUAGAUUUUAUCGUAGGGCAGACUGAGAAGUACUCUGACUUGCUGAGCCAAAGUUUGAAUGAGACUAAGCCUAAACCAGGCUCCUCUUACAUUGGCUCUUCCCAUGCAGACUCUGCUACUUCCAGCCCUCCUGCAUCCAUUACUGAAGAUGAAGAUAUUGAUUUUGAACCUCAUGAAGAAGAAGAUGAUGAGGAGACAAUUGAGGUGGAGGAACAACAGGAAGGUAAUGAUGCAGAGACGCGCAGACAAGAGAUUGAAAUGCUGAAACGGGACAGUGAGUUACCAAUUGAGCAGCUUUUGGAAUCUUUACCACCUGAAAUUCUUGAAGACUCUGGGAGUGGUGGUGGUCUGUGUGAAACGGAGGAUGAGGAGGAAGAUGAUUAUUCAGAAUCUGAUGCCGAUGAGGAAAUUUCAAAAGCUCCAGCAAAGCGGACCAAGGGGCCACUGUCUUGGGCAGAGGAGGAGGAUGAAGAAUUCACAGCUGAUGAAGAUGGGGAGGAUGUGGAGGAGACCAUCCAGGAAGAGGAGUUGCUUGAAGGAGAGACUGACCACACUGCAGAACUUGAGGAGCUUGCUAAAGAAGGUAAUUUGUCUGUGGAAGCACUAAUGGAAAAGUAUGCUGGGGCCUACCAAGAGGAUUUUAAAUUUGAAGGAACCAGUGACUCUUCUAAUUCUGAAGAUGAGGAGGAAAAGGAAGCAUCAAGUUCAGAAGAGAAAGAAGACAGUGAAUCUUCAGAGUCUCUUGCAGAGGACCAGAAUGAGGAAGACCAAAACAGCGAGGCGGAGAUAGGUAUGGAGUAUCUUUUGGGACACACUAAAGAUGAAGGGGAACACAGCAAUGAUUCUGCUCUCACUGGUGGGCGAAAAGAAGAGAUAACCGAUAUUGCAGCUGCUGCUGAGAGCUUACAGCCCAAGGGCUACACAUUAGCAACAACUCAGGUGAAAACUCCAAUUCCAUUUCUGCUUCGUGGGACCCUUAGGGAGUAUCAGCACAUUGGCCUUGACUGGCUAGUGACUAUGUAUGAGAAAAAAUUGAAUGGCAUUUUGGCAGAUGAGAUGGGGCUGGGUAAAACAAUACAGACCAUCUCUUUACUUGCACAUUUGGCUUGUGAGAAAGGUAAUUGGGGUCCACACUUAAUCAUUGUACCAACUAGUGUGAUGCUUAACUGGGAGAUGGAGUUCAAACGUUGGUGUCCUGGCUUCAAGAUCUUGACCUACUAUGGUACACAGAAGGAGAGAAAAUUGAAGAGACAGGGCUGGACAAAGCCUAAUGCUUUCCAUGUCUGCAUCACAUCCUACAAGCUAGUAUUGCAAGAUCACCAGGCCUUUCGGCGGAAAAAUUGGAAGUAUCUGAUUUUGGAUGAAGCUCAGAACAUAAAGAACUUCAAGUCUCAGCGAUGGCAGUCACUGCUGAAUUUCAACAGCCAGAGACGGUUGCUGCUCACUGGGACUCCCUUGCAGAACAGCUUGAUGGAACUUUGGUCUCUGAUGCAUUUUUUGAUGCCACAUGUCUUCCAGUCCCACCGAGAGUUUAAGGAGUGGUUUUCAAACCCUUUGACUGGAAUGAUUGAGGGAAGCCAGGAGUACAAUGAAAACCUCAUCAAGCGUUUACACAAGGUGCUUAGACCUUUUCUUUUACGGAGGAUCAAAGUCGAUGUAGAGAAGCAGAUGCCAAAGAAAUACGAACAUAUCAUUCGAUGUCGUCUUUCAAAGCGUCAGCGCUACCUGUAUGAUGACUUCAUGUCACAGACUCAUGUUGACCUCAACAUCUUUAAUCUUGUUAACCUUGAAUACCAUGUUUCUCGCUAUGAAGCAGAAAUAUUCCUUCCUAAGAGGAAGGUCUCGCGUAAACUGAUUGAGGAGAUCUCUGAAGCAAUGGAUCCACCACCAAGACCUAAACCAGUGAAAAUGAAAGUUAAUAGAAUGUUCCAGCCAGUGCAGAAGCCUGAUGGACGAACCGUGGUUUUGGUGAAUAGCCCUCGUGGAUCUGCAGCAGCCGGAGUACCUCAGCAGCAAGCUUCUUCGAAUGAACCUUCUGAUACAAUGCAUGUUUUACAGCCUGCUACAUCCCCGCAUAUGCUGGGACCAGCUCAGUCUGCCUCGCCUGUCCAGCCUGCUGCGUCAGUCCAAGUAGCCACUUCAGUUCAGCCUGCUGCAUCAGUCCAUAUGGCUGCUUCAGUGCAGUCUUCUGCACCAGUCCAGCCACUGGCUUCAGUCCAUUUGGCUGCACCAGUCCCAUCUGCUGUUACUGUCCAGUCUCCUGCUCAGCUCCAUUUGACUGCUCCAGUCCAUAUUGCUGCUCCACUCCAAACUGGCUCUUCUCUCCAUGUGGCUGCACCAGUCCAGUCUGUUGCUUCUGUCCAUGUGACCACACCAGUGCAGCCAACUACACCUAUUCAGCCAAGUGGAGUCGGUCUUCAUGCACCAGUUUCCCAGCAAGUUGCAAUGCCCACUACUGCUGUUGUUGCCGGUUCUGUUACUGCUGCCACUCCUGCUAUUUCUCAGCCACCUUCUGUAUACCAUCAGAUAUCUGCUGUGAGACCACCAACUGUUAUGGUUCAUCCAGCUCUAGGGCAAACUACCAUGCCAGUGCUGUCGUCACCGGUGUCUGCUCUGCCUGUGUUACAGGCUCAAGUGCCUCUGUCUCCAGCUGCAGUUAUUGCUAAUGUGCCAAGGCCUCCCCCUCUCACAAGCGCAGUCUCUUCUACCAUGAAACCUGCAACUAUUCCAGCCACAACUGUGAGGAUGUCUGCUGCAGCGCUGGCCCCUGGCAACAUGGGAAACAUGAUAAAACCAGUUACAGUACACUCCUCUGCGCAGCUGCCAGGCUAUGCUUUCCCUUCCAUGGGAGCAGCACAACAGAGACUGAUCCUGUCACCAGAUAUGCAGGCCAGACUGCCAUGGAAUGUAGUUCAUUUGGUGUCUGCAGGAGGACAACAUCAUCUCAUAAGUCAGCCUGCUCAGGUGGCACUGAUUCAGGCAAUGGCACAGCAGCAGAGUGGGCAGCCUUCCAUUGGAAUUCAGGCAGUGACAGGCCCUCAUGUAGUCUCACCCAGUACGGUGUCUGUCCCUUCUCCAGGGAUUACUCUCCCCCUCGCUACCACUCAAGUGACGUCAUCCAUGAUGAACAGCCCAGGUGUGGUGAAGAUUGUGGUGAGACAGGCACCGAAAGAUGGCAUACCCCCUACGGCUGUGCAACCCCCUCGACCGAUACCCCAGCCGGCUGCUGGAAUACAGUCUUCAGUUGCACCGGCUCAGAGAAUGACCCUUCCCAACCCACUUGGCAUGUCAGCUGCCCAGCCACAUCUCCCUGCCCGACCGCCCGUUAUGUCGCCUGCACAGAUCCAGAACCCUGUCAUCCCAACUGCGCCAGUGCGGCCGAUGAUACGGGCACACCAACCACCAGUAGCCACUGUAGAGCAACAAGCUGCUGCUGUUACACCUCCACCGGCUUUAUCAUCAUCUCCAGUUCCUGCUGUUGCUGCAACGUCCACCUUCUCCACUUCUUCCACUGCUUGCUUAGCAACAACAAAACCUGUGAUUACGCCAUCCAGCACUGUUAUUAAGGAGGAGCCAGACACACUUAUGCUGCGAACGGUUAAUACCACACCUCCUCCAUCUCCUUCAGUACCUCCACCAAGACCCAGGCGACAGCCUCCUCCCCCACCAAGAACCCCAUUUUAUUUGGAGUCACUCGAAGAAAAAAAGAGGAAGCAGAAAGAAGAGCGUCUAGAUAGGAUUUUCCGCAUUAAUGAACGACACUGCACUGCUGUUCCUAUGUAUGGGACUGAGAUUUUGCACUUAUGUAAAAUGUUCAGCUUUCCAUCUCAGAAAGAGGAUUGUAUCCAUGAAAGUACGUUUUGGAGCAGCUGUGGCUAUGCACACUGCUGUGCUUCUCAGAUAUGUGAAAAAGUGGACUUCACUGCCUCAGUCUGGACAAGGACAGAAGCCUUGACUCGAGCAAUCCACAGUCCUCUUGACAGACUAAAAGAACUUGAUGGUAUAAUUGAGAGGUUUAUAUUUGCUAUGCCUCCUGUGGAGGCCCCACCUAUUACAAUGCAUGCCUCCCAUCCUCCUCCAUCACUUAUGCACAGUGAGGCCAUGUUCAAGAAGACUCUUCACCAGCAGUUGUCCAAACGAACCGACAGUUUACAUCAGAUUAUCUGCAACAUGAGGACGCAGUUCCCAGAUCGACGACUUAUACAGUAUGAUUGUGGCAAACUGCAGACCCUUGAUAUUUUACUCAGACAGCUGAAGAUGGGAGGUCACAGAGUGCUUAUCUUCACACAGAUGACACGAAUGCUGGAUGUGUUGGAGCAGUUCCUUAACUUUCAUGGGCACAUUUACCUGAGGUUGGAUGGAACAACAAGGGUAGAUCAAAGACAGGCACUCAUGGAUCGUUUCAAUGCAGACAAGCGUAUUUUCUGCUUCAUCCUUUCAACACGUAGUGGUGGUGUUGGUGUGAACCUUACUGGAGCAGACACAGUGGUGUUUUACGAUAGUGACUGGAACCCUACAAUGGAUGCUCAAGCCCAAGACAGAUGUCACCGAAUAGGUCAAACCAGAGAUGUUCAUAUUUACAGGCUUAUCAGUGAAAGAACAGUGGAGGAGAACAUCCUGAAGAAAGCUAAUCAGAAGCGAAUGUUAGGAGAUGUGGCCAUUGAGGGUGGAAAUUUCACUACUGCUUAUUUCAAACAGCAAACCAUUCGAGAGCUCUUCGACAUGCCACUGGAUGAGCCUGGAAAAAAAGAAACUGUACUUGAGUCUCCCACUAAACCACCUCAGCGCCAUAAUGAAAAGGAAGAAGAGGAAGUAGAGGAGGAGGAAGACGAAGAGAACUCUGCUUCAGUGAAGCAGACCCAGAUUCUGGAGCAGGCACUCUGUAAAGCUGAGGAUGAGGAAGAUAUCCAAGCAGCAUCACUUGCAAAGGCUGAACAGGUAGCAGAGCUGGCUGAAUUCAAUGAGAAUAUACCACUAGACAUGGAGGAUGGCACAAAGGAAGAGGAGGAGGAGCUUUCUAAAGUGGAAUUGGAAAUUGCAGCACUGGUGGAACAGUUAACACCGAUUGAGAGGUAUGCCAUGAACUUCCUGGAAGCUUCACUGGAGGAUAUCAGCAAGGAGCAGCUGAAGCAAGCUGAAGAAGAAGUUGAAGCUGCAAGAAAAGAUCUGGACCAAGCCAAGGAUGAAGUGCUCAAGUUACCUGAUGAUGAUGAGGAAAGUAGAAUGAGUGAAGAAGUACAUAUCAAGAAAAGAAAAUCUAAAAGUGUGCGAAAUAUGAAUGAACGACCUGGCACAAGGGUGAGUGAAAGACUUCGAGGUGCCAAACCAAAGGAAGCAGAGAAAAUGGAAAGUAACACGGAUGACCAGUUGAACACUUGUAUUUCCAAAGGGAGUGAACAGACCCAUAUCACUGGGGAAGUUCAGUCCAGCAACAAACGAGAUGGGUCACAGAAAGACAAAACUACUCCUGAAACUGUGCACUUGAAGGAUGCAGUCCAGAAUGAUGGUUCUCAAAAGGGACCUGCUUACCCUUGGGAACAAAGAGGCAUUUAUCAGAUUAUUACAGGCACAGCCCAGGUGCAGUUUACUGGAAAGAACAAGAGCUCAGAACCCCAAGAAAAGGAGGAAAUGUCUGUAGCACAAGUUGUGAAGAGUGACGCUUCCUCUGCAUCUGUUAAUCUGUGUUCUUCCAGUAACCCUUCUGUGGAAAAUUCAUUUAAUCAGGAAACUGAAAGUUCCCAGACUGAUGCACCUCAGAGUAGCUCUGUGGCAUGCGGUGUUGGUCAUAUUUCUUGUGGUUCACAUCAGUUACAAGUGCCUUUGGAAGAACCAUUAGGUAAACCUAUGUUACCAGAAAAUUUAGCUGAAAAGCCUGAACUGACAAAUGAUAUAGAAAUAGAGAGAGAUGACCUUUCACAGCCUUUGAGUUGUACAUUUUCUGAGUCAGUACCUUCUCAAGUUACAGUUACACUGACUGAAGGGAGACACUCACUUGCGGAAAAGAGAGCACCAUUAGCUGCAGUGAAAAUCCUUCAAGAGGCGAGAGAUGUACCUAUAACAAAAGGUGUAUGUAAUAAGGUUGAAACUUCCUCUGACUGGAGUACAAAAAUGGUGUCUGAUAAAGUGAAAACCUUAUGUGAAAAUGUGUCAGGAUUCUCAUCUGAUGAUGUAAGGGCUACAUUAGACCGUAACAUCCAAGCAACACCAAACAUUGAGAGGCAAAUUCCACCAAAUGAGAAUCCGGACAAUUUAUUAAGUAAAGGGGAGAAGGUGACAUCUUUACCUGACAAUGGAAGAACUUUGUCUGAUAAUGACCAAUCAUUGCCUUUUGAGUCAGGAAAUACACCUGUUAAAGUGCACUCUAAUUUGGAAAUGCUGGACAAAGCCAUGAGUGUAGCCCUUGAGCACCCUUUAUCACCUGCAGUAAACAUUUGCACUGAAACCAGUCAUAGUAGACAUCCUGCUAUGGAAGACAUGGAAAUGACAAAUCGUUCAGCUUGUGAGGACAGAUUAAGUAGAAAGUCUGAAAUGGUGUCAGAUGAUGCACCAAAACACAAUCAGGAAACACACCACAGUGACUCUGUUGAACAUUUCUCUGGUAUCCCUAACAGAACAAUAAACACAGGGGGAGGAAAACAUUCUCAAGUAAGUGAAUGGAAGGGGUGUUCUGUUUUUUCCAACGAGAAGCUGCUGAAAAAUAUAGUAUUAACAUUCCAAAGUUCAGAAGUGAAACACCAUCCACCUGACCAAACCGAAGUGCCACCUACAGUUGCUCAGUCUAGUAAUAAGGACAAACCUUUAAUGGAGCAAGUAAUUUCAGAAACUGUACAGAGAGCUUUUGGAGGCCAUGUUGAAAUCAGUUCACAUCAAUGCACUGGAACCAGUUUGCACUUGCAGUUUCCUGAAGCAUUACAAAAAGAUCAGGUCAGCUUUUCUGUCAUUGAAAGUGUCGCACAAGGGUUGUGUAAGGAAAAUACUGUAGUACUGACUGAAAAACUGUGUAAAGAAGAUAAAGCUCUUAUUCUGUGUGAUGUGUCUAGUGAAGGUCAUAAGAACAUGGACACAUUACAAAAAGAACUUUCUUUAGGUGAUGUGCAGAAAAAAAUUUUAGAAAAUGUUAAGCUGUCAGAGCUUAGCAUGUCAGACGAAAACAGGCAAGUAAAUAUGGCAGAAACAUGUGGUCUUACUGUGAACAAACAGCUAAAUUCUGAUUCUAAAGAUGGCAUGUUCAAAUUGCACGAUAAAACAAAUAGGAAUAGUAUCACAGGUGUGCCUGUUGGUGGUGCAUGUAAACUUGGCAGGCCUGCUGAGCACCAGAUAUUUAGGAGUUUUUCAGAGGCUUCUGACCAAGUUACCACAGUUAACAGACUGCAACUUGAGAAGGAAUUAAGCCAAUAUUCACUUCUAGCAAGCAGUCAGAUACAUCCGGAGGUUGGCAAAGAAUCUGAAUUGAGCAAGGACAGUACUGUACAGCAUAUUGUGGAAGCCAGAAAUGUGGAGUCUGAUGAGUCAAAUACAUUGAUACAUAACAUUAAAACUGAAGUAAAUGAACCAGGAAGUUUAAAAUAUAAUUCUACCUUGAAUGAAGGCAGCAGGAUUCUAAAAUGCAACACAGAUGAGAGUGGAGAAAUAGUAAAAAGCUUGCCAUUUGAGUCAGAAAGUGAACCACACUCGUUUAUGAUGUCUGGUUCUUGCAGCAGUUAUCAAGGGGAUGAUCAAGUUGCUGUGAGUGAGGAGUACACAGCAGUCCUCAAGUCUCCCAGACGGCGAACUACAGCAGAUGGGGAAAUUCGUCAGAGUCAGAGUGAUGGGGACUCUCCUUCAGCCAAAGUAUUGAGGAAGCUUCCAGGACGUAUAAUUACUGUUGUCGAGGAGAGAAAACCUGCUAGAUGUAAACGUAAGCGGAUGGAAAAGGAGGGCUUUGCUGAUCAGUUUGUAAAAAUUGAUUCAGCACUCAACUCUUCCAACAGUCCCUCAGAUAAUGAAACACAUGAUGGACAAAAAACAGUGCAAAGAAAUUUACUAGCUGCCAGAAGAAAAAUUGAAUUAGAAGCUGCGGUGGCAAGUGGACUGUCUGAGAUUGAUUUCCAACCUGAAGUCCAAACUCCUGAAGUAGAUGAAAAAGAUUGUUGUCCAGUUUCUGAAACCCCUGCUAUGGAAAUAUCUCUACUAAGAAAUGUGUCAUCCAGAAGGCGAGUGGAAGUUGAAGCAAGAAUGGCUACCCUGUUUACAUCUGAGAGAUCAGUGCCUCAGUUUGGACUGAACGUUACUGAAACGGGUAAAGAUGACAGUCCAGACAGGUUGACUGCUGAGCACAAGUCAGAAAAGAACAGCAGCAUUGUUUCAGAAGUGCAGUCGGGGUCAUUUCAGACUGUGGAACAAGGUCUUGAAAAGGCAAGUCAUCUAGCAAGUCCAGAAGCCUUGCAGGGAAUACCAACUCAGCCUGAUACACAAGAUGAAACAACACAUGAAGCUCCUUGUGCAAUGGCAGAGUCAGGAACUGAAGUAUCUUCCAUAAAAGUAUCAGGAGACCAAGCACCAGUGCAAAAGCGCAAACGAGGAAGACCACCCAAGAUUAACAGAGCUGCCAGUAACAGUUUGCUUUCCAGGAAGGAUACAGCUGUUGAUAAUACCAUAACUAGCAAGUCGUCGGCCAGAUUCAAGAAUGAAAACUCAAAAGCAGAUGUGAACACCUCGUCUGUGGAGAAGUUUUUCCAGCAGAUGUCUAACCAACCAGGUAAUGUAGGAGCUAACACAGGUGAGGACUCGACCAAAAAAAUCAGACACGAGGAUGAAACCAUUGUUGAUCUGGGUGCACAUAUAGAAGACCUAACUCAGACAGAGAAAAAAGCAGACAGUGAGCUGGUCUUUCAGAUACAGAAGCGAAAGCGUGGAAGGCCACGUAAGAUUCAAAAAGAUGAACACACAUUGCCAGGGUCUGUGAAACGGCCUUCAUUUGGAGUUGUCAAGAAACCAGACAAGCUAGGGGACCCAGUUUUAGUACAAACGGAUACUAAGACUGAAGAGAUAAGCAAACAAAAUUCACAGGCAGUAGCAGUCCCUAUUGUAAAUUAUGCAAGAACAGAAAGGGAGGAUCAGCCUUGCAUACAGAAACGAAAGCGGGGCAGACCACGUCUAGUGCAGUCACCGGUGGCAACAUUUGAAAGGUCUGAGUCUGAAUUACUGAGUGAAAGUUCUUCAGCAGAAGAGAUGUCACCCAAGCUACAAACUGAAGCAUGCCUGAAGAAGCGAAAAAUGCAGCUGAACCAAUCCACUAGGUUAACAAGACUAAAAUGUGCAAGUCUAAACAGAUCUCAAGAUCAGUCUCCUGAAUCAGACAGUGAAAUGUCUUCUGAUGAUUACAGCAAACCACUGACUAGGUCAGCUAAACAAAAAGAUGGUACUUUGGAUAGCAAUAUAAAGGAUAAGGAUUUAGAGAGUGAAACGUCUCUUAAGAUCAUAGGACAUAACAUCAAGUCUGCAUCAACAGCAGAACCUUGCAGCACAUUUUCCUCAAGAGUGAAACAUAUCCAGAAUCCAAAAGAAUCUGUUAAAUCAGCCAAGCAUGCUUUUUCUCCCAAAUCUGAACCUGUAAAAUGUGAAACAUCGUCUAUGGACAGUAGUACUACAGUAAUGCAGUCCACCAGAUGUAAGGAAGCGAGCAAACAGAAACCUUCUUCCCCUACACCUCAGCCACAAGACACAACUCCAGUUACAAAAUAUGAUGAAACAUCCGUUGUUAGCAGUCCACAAAUGAGCCCCAGGUAUGACUGCUCCUUAGAAUUUAAGUCCAUGUGUGUAUCUCCAGCUAUAAAAUCAUCCAAUAUGCUUUGUGCUGAUAGCAGUGCUUCAGAGUCACGUUCCCCCGACUGUAAAUCUGCAGUUAAACAAAAAACACCUUUAGUCAAUCCUCGAACAAAGAGCACACCUCCAGUUGAAAAAUGUAGUGAUGCUUCCUCUUUUUGCAGCAAGUCUGAAAAAAACAAGCAGACUGGUGACGAAAUAGUGUUUUGUUCAAAGCCUAAAGCAAAGAGUGAGGCUUCUGCUUUGAGAGCAGUAUCUUGCGUCCAUCAGAGUGCUUCAGAAAGAAGAUCCCAAAAACUCAAAGUAGAAACUCGUCAAAAAAAUGUUUCUCCAGAACAUAAGGUAGAAUGCUCAACUAAAGCUGAUUUAUCUAAGAUGUAUACUGUUUGCACGCCAGCGAGGUAUCCAAAACGCAGUGAGGUAGACAGACAGAUAUCCCUUUUUGAUGAGACAAGGAGCACUAUCGUGACUGCUGAGUCUGAGCUCACGGAUAGAUCUUCAGAUGUAAAGAUUCUGACGCACAAGGAGUCUGCCAAAAGAAAAAUCUUAGCCCCAAAACUUCUAAGUAGAAGCACAGUUCAGGCUGUGAAAUCGUGUGAUGCCUUACCUUCUGAAGAUAGAGCUUCAGAAACCAGUUCCCCAAAGCAUAAGGAAACUGUCCAGCACAAUCCAUUGUUCCUAGAGCUGAACGCUGUUGCAACGCCGGUCAAAUUGAAAACGUUAUCUAAUUGUAGUGCUUCUGAAAUAAUGCACCCAAACUCCACUGAAAUAGUCAAACCAAAGUCAUUUCCUUCAAAGCUUAAAACUAAAAGUGUAUCUGAACCUCCACGAGAUGCUAGUUCUGUAGAUAGUAGUGCCUCUGAUGCAAAGUCCACAGCACAUAGAGCAUCAAACAAGCCAAAGUCGUCCUCACAAAACCACAAGAAAAAUGUGAUAACUCCAUUUCUGAAAUUACCUACCUCUUUUACUGCUGACAGUGCUUCACAGAGAGGAUCCUCAAGGUGCAAGGAUGUGAUCAAACAGAAACAAUGUGUCCCUAAACCAAAAAGAAAGACAGUAACACCUUUGGCAAAAUGUGUUAACGAUGCUUUAGAUAGUUCCUCCUGUACAAAAUCUUUGAAAGACAAGGAAGCAGAUAAACAGAACUUCUCUUCAGAACCUGAAAUAGACACACCUACUCUUGGAAAGUCAAGUGCUGUGGAAAUCGUCAAACAGAAAGCAUCCUCAUCUAAAUUUGAAACUAACAGUUCACCAUUGGCUAACAAAUCUGAAUCUCCUUUGGUUGACAGUGUUUCUGAAGCAAGGUUUCUCAAAUGCAAACAAGCAGUUAAACAAACAUCCUCCCUUAAGCAUAAAGCUAAAAGCAAAGAUUCUGUUAUGAAACCAAAUCCUGUGUCUGUUGAAAAAUGUGCUUUACAGAAAGGUUCUGCAGAAGUGAGGGACUCUCUAAGGCAGAAAGGAUGUUCCAGGCUUAAAUCAGCAAAUAGAUUCCUGAGUGCAGCACUUGAAACUGACGAUACAUCAUCUGUUGAUAGUAGUAUGUCAGAAGUUUGCUCAGAAAGUCACAAGGAAGCAAAUGCAGAGAAAAAGCCGGUUUCCAAACGCGCAGGAAAAACUGAGAACCGAGCUACAAAAUCAGAUGAUGCCUCUUCAGCUGACAGCAGUGUUUCAGGUCAAAGAAACACUCCCAAACCUAAGCAUUUUUCCCCUAAAACCAAGUUGAGAAAACUAAUUCCAUCUUUAAAGUCAUAUGCCUAUUCCUUAGAAGGUACUUCAGAAGUAAAUUCCCCAAAAUGCCUAGAAGCAGUAUCCCCAAGAAUUGAAAGAAAAGGUCUUCCUGCUCCCGUGAGAUCUGAUGAAGCCUCUUCUGCUGAUAGUGCUUCAGAGAGAGAGUCCUCAAAGCUUGGCGAGAGAGCAACUGCUAACAGAUCUACAAGACAGAAGCCUGGCACUUUAGUUUCUCCCCUCAAGAGUGAAAAGCAAAUAUUAAAAAUACAAAAAGAACAAACUAGCGCCAUAAAUGAAAUCAUUAAGUUGAGAACUAAAGCCGUAUCCUCUGAACUAGAGGACUCUGAGACGGAGUCCAACAGUGAGGAGGAUGAUCGUAGGUCUGUGAAAAGGUACAGAGAAGAUUCUGAUCAUGAGUCUUCAAAAAGGCAGAAGAUUGAAUUAACAGAAAGAUCUGACAUUAAGAAAAGUACUUGCUGCUCUUCCGUAGAAGGAACACCAGAUCGAAUGCUUCGUAGCGUUGCUGCUGCUGCUGCAGCUGCUGCCACUACGCCAGCUAAUAACACUCGAUCGUCUGCAUCCUCUGCUGCUGCUGUACUGGUUUCUUCUACAUCAUCUGUUGCAAGGAAAGGAGGAGGGGGUGGUGGCUCCAUUCUCUGUUCUACCACAGGAAACCGAGGCAGAAAACCCAAGACGUGACUGUUUUAUGUCUGAAAUAUGCUGGGUUAAUUCAAGGUAUCACAGCAUACAAGGCUGGGAGGUCUUCAAGACCUUGUUUUGUGGGAGCUAGGAGUUCACAGAGUCAAAAUUUGACUUGAAGCCCGUAACAUCCCACAUUCCUUCUGUACGCUUAAUUCCAUUACUGACUGUUAACCACUACUUGAAUGAACACUGAAGUUACGUAGCAUACAUAUGUAGAUGUGCGUAUACACAAGGGGAGGAACUGCACUGUCGUAUUCUACAGUAUUCAGUGGUUUUAAUUUUUUUAUAACACUGUGGGAGCAGUGUUCCCAUGUAGAUGUCCUAAGAGAGGAGAUUGGGUUUCUUGUGAUGGCAGUUUACUUGGGUUUAUAUGUUCCAAAGAUUUGUGAGUCUUGUUUCAUAGUAAAGCCAUGCCAUCUUCUGUACUCCUAUAAGGUGUACUGCAAGAUGGCUGCUAGUUUUUAGCCUCUCCAUGUGGGAUUUUAUUUUAAUGCUAAGUUGAGUUUCUGUGACCAGUAUAUUUACUGCCCUGAGAUGCUGGUACUAAGAGUGUCCCUACCAGGUAGGAUAGUUGUGCAUACUUUUAACAGACAGUACAGAUAGCUAUGAAGGGUAAAAUCCAAAUGACUUGGAAUGAGCAUUUGGAUUUGAAGGUACAGGUGCAAGCAGUCUGAGAGCUGUCUUCCCUCAGCCAUCCAAAGCAUGGUAGUGCUCUGGGGUACUCAGUAAGGAUGUGUUUAAAGGGAAACAAUAGGAAGUCACCAAAUCUACAAGUCCGCAGUAUUUAAUACACAGUGGAUGUGAUUUUAAGAAUCUAAAAUCAGAAGAUAGUAGAAUGGUACAGUGACUUGCUGCUGAUGAAGCAGUGAGGUGUAGAUGCUUAGUGCCUCAGCAGUUCUGUAGAGUGGCCCUAGAAUACUUCUGUCCUGGAUAGCAGUCUUAAGCACUGUGCUGUUAGGCAUUUUCUGUUAACAUCUUGCCUUACCAAGUUCUCUGAAAAAAAUGGUGUCUGUAAAUGUGUGUGGUGAGGGGAAAAUUUUGGAGGAUACUUGAAUUAACAGACUUGAUACCCACUGUAGGUAUACGAGCUGAGAUUAAAUUCCCCAGUUCUUUGGGGAGGAACAGGUUGAAAACAAAACCAGACAGACUGUGUCAGCUUUAUUAUCUGCAGCCAAGAGUCAAAAGUUCUCCAUAUCUUGAAAAGUGAUAACUCUAAAACAACUUAAGAUUUAAAUUAUGUGACCAAACUUAUAAAGCAUUUCACCUUUGUUUGAUUUUUACUGGAGGGAGGCGCACCUGCACAACCUUACGGGACAAUAUUGGCUGCUGUGUUUUUUCUGCAGAAAAAGAAGUCCAGAAAAAGAAGCAAAGCAGAACUGUUCUAAUGCUUUGAGCUGAAAUACGGGAUGUGAGGAAGAGCUGACCAGCCCUUGUCAUUUUGCAGCUGUGCUGUGCUGUUUCUGUACAAAAGACAAUAAACUAGCUGUUUUAAUUAUGUAAUUGUAAAAAAAGUUGUACAGCUCUUGUAUAAAACAUUUUCUUUCAACAAAAUCUAUGCAAAGAUUAUUUUGUAUAGGAAGCAAAGAAAAAGUAAAUUUGGAAAGCAGGUUUGUGUCAUUUUCCAGGGGAAAUGGGGGGAGCACUAAUGCGCAAAGCAUGUUGUGAACUGUAUAGAGAUUUGCUGUAACAUUUCAAAAUAGUGCUAAAAAUAAAACCGUAAAAACAU